ACAAGGCAUUCUUUCGGUUGCGUGUAAAUGUGUGUUUACAUACAGGGCGGGACUACAGUAAAUUAAGAUAGUUGCUCAGCGAAACGCCAUAUUUGGUGAGUAACGAACGUAUUUUUACAUUCUAACGUUUGCCGAGCUGUCUAAUGGAAACAUGUAUGGUAGCUUUCUGGGCUAGAAAGGGGACUCGUCAUAUUCAUCUUCUCCUCUGCCCAGAUAGAUACUGGUUCAGUCUAAAUGCAAAUUCUAUGAAUGUAAAGGCAAAGUUUGUAUAGUAGGCUACUCAUUUCAUUAUCAAAAGUCGAGCAUUGUAUUGUAAUGGUCAUUUAUGCGUGAUCUUUGUUGUACUGCAUAAGUGAGACGAUUGAGGAAUUACACACAGUAGCUUACUUGCUGCUCUCCAGAUUUCAGCUACAAUGGAGGCUUUACCACCAUGGCCCAAGGGGAAGAAGCUGGUUCACCUGGAUCUGAAAGGAGCCCCUCCUAGAAUUGAUUACCUGCACAAGGUAAUGGCACCGCUCUCCUAUCUCUGCCUUAUUUGUGUGUUGAUUGUUGAAUGCAAGAGGUCUGUCUGACCUGUCCUUUUUCUCUUUCCUCUCUCUCCAGCUGAUUGGUAUUUUUGCUGGUCUGGGUGCUGACGGUCUAUUGGUGGAGUAUGAAGACAUGUUCCCCUAUGAAGGAGAGCUGAAGGUGCUGCAAUCCACUCAGCAUUCACCAUACAGGUUGGGCUAUACACAUCCACCAUACAGGUUGGCCUAUACACAUCCACCAUACAGGUUGGCCUAGAGCCAAUCACUGAUAACAACUCUUAUCCUCGAACAUCACUAUCUUGGCCUUUCUAGAAAGUGGAAAAAAAGAAAAAAUGGUUCUUACUGGCAGGUAAUGAUUCUCUUCUCUGCUGCAGUCGUGAGGAGGUCCUGUCUAUUCAGGAAGUGGCCAAGUCCCAAGGGUUAGAGGUCAUUCCUCUGGUGCAGACGUUUGGACACAUGGAGGUGAGAGAGAGAGGGAACACAUAUCUGCCUCCCACCUGUUCAUAUCAUACCCCAAUUAAUAAUGGGAGAGAUUGAGGCCAAUGUAUGUGGUUGUAUUGUCUUGGUAUCUUUGAUAUUAUUUUCUUUCUUUGCCUCCUUUCUCACCCACUCUCUCACUGAACUUCUCACUCCCUCUUUCCCCCCUCUCUGUCAGUUUGUGUUGAAGCACAAGUCGUUGUGGGGGCUGAGGGAGGUGGGCCACUGCCUGGGCACUCUGAACCCCCACAGAGAGGAGGGUGUGAGGCUGGUAGAGGAGAUGCUUCGCCAGGUGGUGGAGCUCCACCCAGGCAGCACCAGCCUGCACAUUGGAGCUGAUGAGGUGAGGCAUGGUAUUUUGAUCCUUUUGGAAUUCAAAAAAAGUGCAGACGAAGGAGAGGAGAUGAGGAAAGGAAGCCAUAUUGAGAUGCAUACCAGAUUUAAAUAGCUUUCUAAUGAUGGACAAUGCAUGACACCCCUUUAAUUGAAAGCCUUUUCCCUCCACCAUACCUGUCAUGCGUCCUCAGGUCUACCUGCUAGGUGAGGGGGAGGAGUCUAGACGCUGGCUGAGCACACCUGGCCGUACGGUACAGCAGCUGUUCCUCAGUCACGUGACUAGGGUAGCAAAGGGCGUCAGGGAGGCGUGGCCUAACCUCAACAUGAUCAUGUGGGACGACAUGCUGAGAGGGAUGGACCACAACACACUGAAAGGUCAGGGUACAGGCUCUUAAAGUGAUAGUUCUGCAAAGUUACACAAUCAUUUCAAUGUUUUAGCCUGAAAGUAGUCUAUGGGCCAGAAAAGUCUGUAAUCCACCCCUAACAUUUGCUUUUUUGACCUGUUUGCCAGGCAGUGGUCUAGUAGGAUUGGUCCAGCUGAUGCUGUGGGACUACAACCCCACCCUAGAUGUGGAAAACACUGGUAAGAACUAGUGGUUUUACUAGAACAGUUUCGCUAUGCACAUAGACAAACACUAUUUGUGCUUAAUGUCAAUGUUUCCCAUCUCCCCCUUUCCCCUCUCCAGUAAAUCUAUUGGAGAGGUACAGUGGUGCAGGGCUGUCAGAACUAUGGGCAGCCAGUGCCUUCAAAGGCUCUACUACCGUCCACACCUGUGUGACCAGCACACAGAGACAUGUGGACAACCAUCUACAGUGGCUACAGGUGGCAGCAGCCCAGCCUGAAGGCAUACACAUGCUGGGCAUUGCCCUCACUGGCUGGCAGAGGUGAGAUGGAGAGAAUUCACUGGAUUAUAAACUUAUUUUCAUCUAGAUUAUAUUGUCAUAGGGCCUAAUCCUAAUUUGAGAUCCAUAAUCAGACUUUUGCGUAAAUCAUGGGACAUUUGUGCCGAAAUGUAUGACGUUAUGAUUUAGCCAUAGUCUAUUUAAUAAUCUUGUUUCAACAAUAGGUAUGACCACCUGUCUGUGCUAUGUGAGUUGCUGCCCUUAGCUCUGCCCUCCCUGGCCUCCUGUCUACAGAUACUCACACAUGGUCAGUACUUUCCUCCAAAUACACUUUGAUUUGAUGUGAUCCUUGAGGUAUUGUAAUGGUACCUGACCCAUGUUGAUGGUUGUUCUGUGUGUGCUACAGGCCAGUUCAGCCCGGAGGCUCAGAGCAGGGUGACAGAGAGUUUGGGUAUCUCUUCUGUAGAGGUGGAAACCAUGGAAAGGUGAGAGAGAGACCCUUCAUAACAGAAUAUGCUCCUCUGUUAUAAGUGGAUUGUUUUUAAUCCUAAAAGUGUCUCUGUCUCUCUAUGUGCCCUGCCCCAGCUCCUCUACAGGUGACUCUGAGCUGUUUCCAGGGAGGAGGUUGGCAGAGCUGGUCGUGGAACUAACAGCAAUACUGCAGUCAGAAGAACUCCGCCAUUUUGAAGACAACAUGUGAGUGAAGCCAGUAGCCACAUGGGCUGGAACUAAAGCCUACACACCAUGUAGCACUCUAGGAAGAGGGUUGUUGACCACUGUAAGGCCACCAAAGGCACACAUAAUGAUUUCUUGAUUUUUACUAUUAAAUCGUUGAAUUAAAGAGCUCUCUGACCUUGAUACAUAUCGCUCUGUGGUUCUCAGGUUUGUGAGAGGCUGGUUCACUCCUUACCACAGACAGAGAAAGACAGUCAGCCCUCUUAUUGCUCAACAGUUACAGAGUCAAGCCAUGACGUAAGCAUCUGAAUGUUUAUAUUCCACCACAAUUUAUAUGCUAACAAAGGUUUUUCGCUCCCUCAUAUAGUUAAAAAAAUUAACCCUAACAACCCUUACCCUUGUUUCUUUCAACCACCCUUCAGAUUGUUGGCUCUUGUGGAGCAGAGAGUGGCGAUGGUGAGGAAGGAGAUGGUGCGUCUGUACCCAGCCUCCACAGCCCAGGAGUGGGUAGAGCAGCAUGUCAGCCCCGUGGUGGCUCCCCUCCAGAGGGUCCUGGUGGACACCAGAGCCAGCCUACUGGAGAUGGUACCCCAAAACGUCUCAGCUUCUAUGGGUGGGCAGUAGGGCUUUGCCUGGGUCCCGUUGUGUGUGUUUGACAGAGAAAGAGAUCUAUCCGUGCAGACUUCAUACAGUGAGGUCCAAGAGGUUGUGAGAAAAUGGUUCCAAGAUUAUCAAAAAGCAACUUUUAUUUAAUUGCCCUUUUAACAAAAAAAAGCAAAGACAAAUGUAUAAAAGUAAAAAAAAGACAAGGCAAACCAGUACCUGCAGUCAUCUAGCAGCACACACUAACCGGACACAAAAUAUCUCAUGCAUUAUUUAUUUCAAGCAACAGAAGGCAUCUGCACUCACCUUCCUCUUGCCAACAGAUGCAGUAGUUAAUACAGUCCAGAUACAAUGCAUUACAGUUUACCUGUCAAACAUACAUAUUGUUAUUAACACAUUGGUCUAUGGACAGGAAUGUUACCUAAGACUGGUCUUUCAUUUUGUAUAUAGGGCCAGACAGAAUCUGUAGGUUUCCCUAUGAAUAAUAAAUCAAAUUGAUUUAUAAAGCCCUUUUUACA